AUGGCGCAUCAUGCCAAACAGCUGAAUGACAUUGAGUCGGAGAACAAGGUGUUCGUGCAACGGAUGGUUAAGCAACACCAGCUCGACAUGGACGAACAACGUGUCCAGUACGAAUCCGCAACGGCAGAGUUGCGCAAACGACUUGAGAACGAACACCAAGCUCGUCUCCAUUCGGCAUUAGACGAGGCGGAAGCCCAACACGCGGCUAACUAUUCCGAGGCAUGUCACAAGUUUCAAAUGCAAAUGCGAAUCCAGCGUAACACUGCCAAUUCGCAUCGCAUGAAGGCUGAACAACUAGCCACAAAUCUCAGCGAGUGUGAGGGCAAACUUUUGGAGAUGGAGACAGCAAAUCGCCGUCUGGAAGAGGCGCUGCACAUGCAGAAGGAGACAUCAAAUGCUUAUUUCGAAGAACUGAACGUUAAACAUCAAACUAUUGGCCGAAUACGCACCUUUUACGCAAAAUUGCUCGAAAACCGUGAUACAAAUAUUGAGGAAUUGCAACAAAGAGUCAAAGAAUUGGAGGAAUGCCCUGACAAGGACGUAGAAGUAGUCGGACCUGAUUACUACAAACUCUUGGGAGUCGAGCGUAACGCUGGAACGAGCGAGAUUAAGUCGGCAUAUUAUGCCAAAUCGCGGAUCCACCAUCCCGACAAGCAUCGAGACUCGCCCGAACAGAAAAAGCACGAGGCUAUUUUUAAAACUAUUAAAUAUGGCUAUGAAGUCUUAUCUAAUAGCUAUACAUGCCAAAAAUACAACAAAUGGCUCGACAUGACAUCAGUCCGAUUGGCACACCAAGAGAAAUAUUGUUAG